UAAGAUGGAUGCGGUCAUAGAGAGCAUGUCGAAGCGUCAAUAACAUGUCUUUUUAAGUGAAACAACAUCACCGGGGGCUUUAAUUAACUAAUCGUUGUGAUAAUAACAAAAAGACCCAACUGGCACCAGACCGCUUGUACGUGGAAACAGUUAACUUCGGACAUGUCUGUACUGGGAGGUUUACUGGGAGCUGGAGCCUCUCUGUGUCGGUCUGCUGGGACUCUGCUGCACACAGUCAGGACCAUCUCUACUGGUACCUGCUGCCAGAUCCGGAUGCAUGCCAUCCCACAGCUGAAAACAGUGGACAGGUGGACUGAGAAAAGGAGCAUGUUUGGGGUUUAUGAUAACAUAGGAAUCCUGGGGGAUUUUAAAGCUCAUCCCAAAGACCUAAUUGUGGCCCCCUGCUGGCUGAAGGCUUUCAAAGGUAAUGAACUACAGCGUCUAAUCAGGAAGAAGAAGAUGGUGGGAGACAGAAUGAUGACUCUGGAAAGACACAACAUGGAGAAAAGGAUCCGCUUCCUCUACAGACGUUUCAACCGCACCGGCAAACACCGCUAACAUCACAUAAACUCUUCUGGCAAAUACAUCAGACCAGCCAAUAAGGACUGUUGGAGUCUAGUGAUGUGGUCUCAUGCUGUCACUGUGUAUAAUGCAUUUUUUCUAAGUUAUAUGAAAGAAGAAAACUGGUUUAUGUGUUUAGAAAUAGCAUACAUCAUGUACCCCAUUGAUCAACAUAAACAACACGAUGUAAAACCCUGAAAACACAUUCUAAGCAUUUACUUUGAUAUCAUACAGCAAAGAGCUGGUCAUCUUCGUUCUGUUGCUCGAGCCAAAUGCUGUGAUGGUCUUGCUGGAAAAUGUCAGAAUAGAGACUGGACAACAACCCACUGGGAGGUCAAAGGUCAGCGAUGGAGCUGAGUAUGAGAGGAGCUAUUAUAUAAUGAAUAAAGGGUGACUGUUG